AUGACGGGCCAAGACGUUGAUAUGUCUGGCACACACGGUGCCAGAAGGUCCCAGCCCAAUGCUGGGCAGGGGCAGCCCGCGGUAACAAUCAACAACGGUCCAUUACUCUCUCCAUACGCUCAACAUUUCUUCCCUUCGGAUGUCCCAUCCUGGCGGAAUUGGUAUGGCCAGCUUCAUUCAGAAUUUGCCCCAAUGUACCCGUACCUCAAUCUGAGCAACUUGUCAGCAAUGCCGCCGCCAUCACCACAAACUCUGCCGUCCAAUGCUGAGCUUGACAUACUUUUUGUCCAGGAGCGGAUGCAACAAAGCUGGCUAUUUGGUCUCAAAACUUGGCAAGUCGCGCCUCUGCAGAUGCUUCCAGAUGGAUUCUCAGCCAGUACGCCUCUCCCUAGCCUCCCACCAGAUUCGGGCGACGCGGGCUGGGCAAGGUACGAAGCUGGACUAAUUGAAGUGGAUGAGACCUCUUGGUUCAGUUUCUUCAAACGGGACAGGUGGUUUGAUGUGAGAGAAAACUGUUUAGUGGACAUUCAGGAUCCUUUUCCUGCAAUGUACAACCAUGCGACCAAUUGGUGGACCGUCGAUAACGAUGAAAUCUGGAGGCACCUCAGACUCCCCAUCGAAAUGGCUAAUCGUACAUUGCUACACCUUUUCAACGAGCCCAGGCCUAAUUGGAUUGAACGCCUGCUUUUCGGCGCGAGGCUUGACUGGUCCGUCAUAUCCGCCGCGCUGAGAGAGGAGCUGAAGAAGAACCCCAAUACCCGGAAUCCUCCAGUUCUGAUGCACGAUGGUUUCACUAGACCGCGAAAUAUGCUGCUUCAACAAAUGGAAGCGUUCAAUAAGAACACAAUUUGGUCCUUCAUGGAGGAGAACACGUCGGCUGAAGGUCUAGGCGCCUGGGGUUUCACCUUGACCAUGGACAUUAGCCUGCCGCUCGGUCAAAUCGAGGCGACUAGAUUUCAAACCAUCCUAGUCCACGCUGGUUUCAUUCGGGGCCUUUGUGAUCGUACCACUACACUUCCAGAAAGGGCGAAUUUACAUUUUAAUCUUACAGUCACGAUUCUCCACGAACUCAUGCAUGCCACUUUUAUGCAACGGCAAUGGCUUGAACGUUUUGUCAUCCCACUGAACAAUUAUGAUGAGCCUCAUAUCAACAAGGAGCCCUUCCAGGAGGUUGGCUGGUCAUACGAGCUGCAUAUGCUGGGCGGGAAGUUGCAAAUUGCACCUCAGCCUGCAAAAGGAAUGCCAUCCGAGCGCAUGGAAAAGUUUCGAGGGGGCAACAUGCACCUGAUGUUGCAAGAAUGGCCUGACUAUCUUGCGCACUCCAGCCUACCAACGGUGCUUCAAUACGGCGAUACAACUCCAGUCACGUUCAAUUUUCCCUUACCGGUGGCGUAUUCCUCGGCAUUCUCGAAUGCAUAUUUUUGGGACUAUGUAGUUGACAAGCACGGCUCCAAGGCUUUCAAGGCACCAAAGAUAUUACGUUGCGAGGUUACCAGCCCUUGGUUUUCUAUGGGGGUACGACACUACGCCGCGCGCCGAACACGUAUUCCUCACGACACCCCCGAAUCCUUCAAGGACUCAUAUCGACAGGUGCUCAGUGUUUGGAGCACAAGAAGGGCGGCGUGGGAAAAUCACCGUCCAUGGUAUGCAUGGCAGUACUUCCUGUGGGGGAUGUCACCAUGGAGCUGGACUCGUGGUCGGGAAUACAUUGAACUUUUUCGCGCAGCACACGCUCGAAGAGAUUACACGGCGUGCCUUAUUCAAGUAGGAGCGCUCACAAAAUACAGACAGUGGAGCGAUUACUUUGAACAGGGCAACGAAGGCAAUCCUGUUAUAUGGCUGUUCAUAUCGAUCGGGUAUUUGAUGUUGGCGACACUUCCUCCACGGUCAUGGAGCCAACUUGUACUCCCAGACCCGCAGAAGAGAACGUUGAAGAUGUAUCCCACGUCUCGAGCGACCCCUCCCUUUCUCCCAGGGGCCGUCAUCGACCUAUCAGAAGUACGCCCUGACUUGGACGCCCUCGAUCUCGCGGAUUGGCGCAGAACCCGUACCGUUACGGCGGAUCCAGUGAUAUUCCCCGCAGAUCCUAUAGCACGAUUUGAAGAACUCUUCAUGGUGAACGCACAGGUCUAUAAGGUGCCCACUGCCUGGUUGAAGAUGAUUCUCACAUCUUACAAGAUCAUCAAAUCCGGUUACAUCCACAGAGCUUCCUUAGGAGCCAGCCAGGCUAGUCGCACUUGGCUUGAUUUCCCUUUCCAAAUUCCGCUGUACGACACCGAUUGGGGUUAUGGGCAGCUAUGGCUGAAUCAGACCGGGAGCAUUCUUCAAAUGGAUAUAGCUUCUGGUGUGUUGCCACCUGACAAUGAUAUAGGCCGGCUCCUGAGCCCCCAGCGAAGUCCGGUCCACCGUCCAUUACAGGAUUUGCCCAGCGCUACCGGGCCCCCCACCGUCAGGGUGACGGGAAGAAGGACGGCAAUGAAUAAGCAAGAUGAAUUUACCGACUACGACCCAUCGUUGCCCAGAUACUAUACCAUCAGUCAAGUAGGGAAUCAUAUUGACUCAGAUAAUUCGACCUGGGUUAUUGAGUCAGAUGGGGAUUGCAGCUAUGACGUAUACAGAAUUACAAAAAUGUGCCGAAAGCUAGGAUACACAACUGCGCGACGGAUCCGAAGUCGACUGCUUGAGGUCGGACCACUUGGUCCUAUGUUACGGACCGACGGAGAUGAGCAUGCCAAUAAAAUACGUUGUGAGUUCGGCAAGUCGAUAUUUCCACUUGGAAAACUUGUCGUUCAUCGACGACCUGAAGAUAUUGCCGAGUACGAUGGUACGAAUGGGAUGCCAGUGUGGAUUAGGAUAGGCGCCAACGUCUACGACUUGACAGAUUUUAAGCUUCCCAGGAAGGAUCAGGCAGUGAUGGACGCACUAAAGAAGAAUCCAGGAGGGCAUCCACCAAAUAUUCCCAAGUAUCCCGACCUAUGGGAGAAGUUGCGGCAACACCGAUGCGCUCUUGUGAUGGAAUACCACCGACAACCACAAGAUGUUCUCCAUCCCUUCACUGAGAAAAUGCUAAGGUACCAUGACAAUCCGACUUACGGAUGUUAUACGGCAAUCGACGGGUAUGUGUACGAUAUCGGUAACUACCUCGAAAAUCACCCUGGUGGCGAUACUAUCCUCAUCAAGUACCUGGGACAAGAGGCUACCGAGUUCACUGACUGGCACGACGUCGAGCUUAUGGACAAUUACCCGGAGCUCCGCAUCGGACGAAUCGUACCUGAGAUACAUCUUGACCAGCUCCAGAAACACCAAGUCGCGCUCUGCGGGUGGGUCUUUGAUAUCUCCGGCUUGGAUCCAGAGCAUAAUGACCAAGAUGCUCAUACGUGGAUCCAUGCAAAAGUCAAACAAUUUGGUGGAGCCGCUGCAGAUGAGGCCCUAGGAGAUACGCAGUCUGAGAGGGCAGCCGCUCUAAUGCAGCUACACCUAUACGAGAAAGACCUCAUUGUCGGCAAGGUCCGCCAUGAUGAAUCUCUCCCCUCCAUUCCUAUCGGGGAGCUGAGGAAGUACAACGAUCCCAAGGGCGUGAAUGGCGCCUGGACUGUUGUCGAUGGAUUGGUGUAUGACGUGACUGCACUGAUGCUUCAUGGCCCCCCGUUCUUUGAAUACGAAGUUCCAGGGGCCUGGGCCGGUACCAAUCUUAAUGACGACAACUUGGCGUACUGGCUAGCAGAGAAGCAUCCAUAUCGUGCCAUUGGAAGAUUGGUCGAGGGACCGGCAUGGGAGUUGCCCAUAGUCCCUAAUAGUGAGAAAAAGCCGGAUCCAGUUACUCCGGAUUGGAACACAUUUUUUGGUUCAAACACGUCUGUCCCGGCCAAGAUUGUGCAGUGGGCCAAGGAAACGAACCCGACGAGGGAGGCGUUUAGCGAGAAGCUGGCGAAGCACUACUUGGACCAAGGACCCCCAGCGUUGGACAGGGCAAACGGCAGAACUGAGGUGUUGACGCUGCCUGAUGCCGUUGAGUGGGGUGCAGGCAAGUAG